UGUCAUGUCUGAUAUUAAAUCACUCUGAUUAUUAUAGGCUAUUGUUGCCACGUGAUGAUCCAGCACUAUGGCUAUAUGUUACACAUUUAUAUGCAUAUUAGAAACGCCAGUGCGUUUAAAUGCCAUCCAAAUUAGAACAGUGACGUCCUCGAACUAGAAUCCCCUUCAUCGAUACAUCGGACACUUACCAUUUUUACGCGACACUACGAAUCAAGAGGGAUUAAAUUCACCUUCAUUACUUAUUAACCGCCUGGCAGUCUUUGGCCAAAUCUCUGCAGUCUUUGCGAAAAUACUUUCUAUUAUUGAUCAGGACCAAACAUGAGAGUGAAAGUGAUACGAGACGAUGACGAUUCCUUUUCCAUGGCCUAAUUUUGGCUACCAAACCGGGCUAUGAUGCUGGAGUUGUAGGACAUGCAGACUAAGCUAUAAGGCCAUAGCCAUUAUUUAUUGCACAUUAUUAUUUACCUAUUUCUUUGUUGUUGCAUGGUUUUCUUAUGAAUUAUUUACAUGAUAUGCGUUUUCUAUAUUAUAAUUUAUUCUUAUCUUGGUUAUUUUUAUAUAGCCCAGGCCUAAUAAUUCUAGCAUAGUCUAUAUGCGAUCAAAGUGCAACGGUAAAACGCCACUCAUGGAGAUGAGAAGAGACUGCUUCUUAUUUCCUGCCAGUGACACACAGAGACCGAGACGGGACCCUGAGCAUAAUGAUGUCUGACGAUGCGCGAAAUAAUUUCACUCUCGCGCAGCAGGCCUUUAUUUGUCCACAGAAAACCGGGAUAAAUAGUAUUACAGGGUGAUAAACUGGGUGGGUCCAGCCCUGAAUGCUGCUUGGCUGACAGCCGUGGUAUAUCAGAGCGUAUACCACAGCUUUGUGUAGACCCAGAUGCCUCCACUCCCUAUUGGCGAGCGCAUAGUGGUUAUUCAGCGCCCUAAAAACUUGGCCCUACGUGGGCCCUCCCCACAGACCACACCACAGCCUCACUCCCAUAUAACAGCCCUCAGCAACAAACCUCUCUCCCGCCCUUCUCAUCCCCACCCUCCUCAGUCCCACCCUAAUCCUCCCUCCCCGAAUUCACUGUCUUUGGAAUGCAAGAGCAGAUCAUCAUCCCAUCUGCAGAAAACCAAGGGCAACAAGGCCAUCGUGUCAGAGGGUGUCAGACACACCGCUAGCCACUGUCACAGCAACGGGACCGUGAAUCUUAGCCCUAGACCCCACCAACACACACACACCAUCGACAUCAAGUUAUCCGUGAACAAAGGAACAAAAGGACAAGGGCACAGCAACACUAUAGGUCGCAGUGGGAGUGUGAAGGUGGGCAAAAAAAGGGUCUCGUUGUGCUUGGAUCCCGGAUACGGGGAGAGAAAAGCUGGGGGAACAUCAGGGAAGCCUGGAGGAGCAGUGCAGCAACUCCAAAACCACCCACAGAACCAGAUCAAGGCCUCACUAGGCAGUCACCAUCAGAAUCAUCUGGCUGUGUCCCCAGGAGGGGUUCUAGAAUUUGUCCCAGCCCAGAGACAGCUGUCCAAGUCCAGAAGAGAGAAGGCGCAGGACGCAGCUUCCAAAGCCUGCUCUGCCAGCUUCCCCCCCAGAGGUGCCCGGGAGGUGCUCUGCGUGGGUAACAAAGAGAAUUCCAAACUGGGACCUGUCCAUGAAAACCCCAACGCCCACAGCGUGCCCCGCCACCACAACUCUGUUCCUGUUCCCCAUGCCUCCGUCUUAAACUCCCAUUACCCUGCUUCCCCUCCCUCCCACCAGCCCUGUGCUUCUACCUCGUUCCAGCAACCCCUCAACCAGCCCCAUCCAUCCCGUGGCAGGGACCAUCGCCCUCAGAUCCUCCACGGCCUACCCCUCUCCCCCUGUUCCUCCCGUGGAGUUUUCCCCAGCCCAGACCACACCUGUACCAUCGACUUCUCCCAUCCCUUCAGCUGUGGCUGCUGGAAGCUGGUCCGCUGCAGGGGGGCCAGGGGACGUUCUGCUGGCUGUCAGGGGGGUGGGGGGAGUCCGUCUUCUUCUUUUUCCUGCGCCCACGGCCACGGGGUUGGAGGGGUGAACCACAGAGGGGGCUCAGCAAUGGGUUUAAGAACUCUGGGGGGAUGUUUGUCCACAGCCUCCACCACCAACACCUCAUCCUCCAACAGCACUGUGUCGGACUGCCGGACGGGCUUGCUCAGACCCCUGCGAUGUGCCUCCUGCUCCGGGGAGGCUGGCGCCUUUGAGAGUCCUGCUGCAUUCCGAAAAAAACUGGUGGGGGGAUGCCUGCCCUGUACCCCACUAUCCUCCUCAGCCCCGCUGCGAGCCUUACAGAGUUGUGUGAGUGGCUGCAACCCCAAAGCCAGUCAGGGCGGCAGCUCUACCUGCAGUUAUUGUAGCAGCGACCCCAUAGUGGUGACCUUCAACCCCCACCGGGGCAGAAAGCCACCCGGGAUGGGGAGGGGUAUAGUGUCAGGGCACCCCAUGGGGGUAUUCCCCGCCGAUGACGAUGAUUACAGUGUGCGCACAAUCUGGCCCGAGGAGCUGGCGAAGAAGAUGACCAGGUCUAAAACUCAACAGAACCACCAGAGCUGUGCCGGGAUGGGGAUGGGAAUGGGGAAGACAUGUGCCGGUCAGAAUCAGAACAGCAGCAACGGAACCAGCCCUGUUAUCCUGGACUGUAAGAACCUUUUGGAGUUCACCCGGAAUCAGAUAACAGACCACGCUGGCCGCCGCCGGCUUCAGCAGGGCAAGAUGGCCGUUCUGGAUUUCAUUGGGUCUGGGUCUGGGCCUGGGCGAGAUCCAGGCCGGGACUCGCUGAAGAGGCUCUGGAAGAAAGGUGGGGAGACAGGGAUGGUGGAUGGCAUGGGGCAGGAAGACGAUAUGGCAUACCCUCGCACCCCCUCCCCCCGCUCCCCCUCUCCCCAAUCCCCUUCUUCCUUCUCAACAGCACCGUCAGUUCCCAGCACUCUCCUCAAACCCAAACCAAGACAUAGAGAUGCAGAGGGACGACAUUCCCUCCCCUCCGCCCCGUCCCUCCACCUGGUCCUAAAGUCAGUCAACAGAGAGCAGGACGAGGAGAACGGCAGAGUGCACCUCACUCUGCCGCUCUCCUCCUCGCUCCCGGCUUCCCUGUCAGAUGAGAGUGGGAUGACCCCUGACGUGGAGAAUGCGGUGGUCAGCCCCAUCCUGCCCUUCCUUUUCCUGGGCAACGAGAGGGACGCCCAAGACCUGGACCUACUGCUGCGUCUCAACAUCGGCUACGUGGUCAACGUCACCACACACCUGCCCCUCUACCACCUCGGCUCCAGCCUGAUACACUACAAACGGCUGCCGGCUACCGACAACAGCAAGCAGAACCUGCGUCAGUACUUUGAAGAGGUGUUUGAGUUCAUUGAGGAGGCUCACCAGAGUGGGCGUGGAGUGUUGGUUCACUGUCAAGCAGGCGUGUCCCGCUCGGCAACCAUCGUCAUCGCCUACCUGAUGAAGCACACCCUGAUGACCAUGACGGAUGCCUACAAGUACGUGCGGGGCCGUCGUCCUGUGGUGUCUCCUAACCUCAACUUCAUGGGUCAGCUACUGGAGUUUGAGAGGGACCUCAAUUCCGGGGUCACUCCUCGCAUCCUGACCCCCAAACUCAGCGGCCUGGAGACCCAGGUCUGAGAGUGGGAGACUGAUUAGAGGGACAGAGUGGAGGGAUGGAGAAAACCCGCAUUGGGCGAGCCAUAGUUUUGUGAAGGAGAAAUGAAAGGUAGAAUGAUGAAGAAGGGAACGCUGAUUAACAGAUUGGCCCUAUGGAUGAUGAAUUGAUGAUUGAAAUAGUGCACUUCUAUAGAUUAUGGGAGAAAUAAUUUGAUUGGUUAUUUUAUAAAUAGUCUAAUUUCUGGCCAACCUGAUCCUCAUCCAAUACCAUUUGUAAUUUUGACCAUUUUUAUAUAAUGCUUAGAUAUCUGGCAGAUAGGGGGGCAGGUAGCCUAGCGGUUAAGAGCGUUGGGCCAGUAACCGAAAGGUCGCCGUUUAGAAUCCCAGAGCCGACUCAGUGAAAAAUAUGCUGAUGUGCUCUUGAACAAGGAGCUUAACCCUAAUUUUUCCUGUAAGUCACACUGGAUAAGAGCAUCUGCUAUAUGACUUAAACAUGUAAAUAUUAUCUUCCAUGAUCCACUGUAAUCAGAUGACUCAUUUGAUGCUUGUGGUUCAUAGCAUUACAGAAGCUAAUGAAGUGCAAUGAGUCCUGGUCUGACACAAGGCCAUUUACAAAAUCAAUAAUGCAUGCAGAACCAGAAUAGAAACAACUAUAGUGACACCCCACCAUUAAACUAUGAUAACGCCCCUAUACAUAGCUCCAGAAAGGUCAUUCCAAUGCAUUUUACCGAUCAAAAUGUUUGGUCCUUUAAAAUAUUGCCUCUCAACUGAAGUGACACAGUCCCAGAGGACAGCUGAUCUUGCCAUAUUGUUGGUUUAGUUCUGUCUUUCCUAACUGGAUAGUAAAUGUCAAUGUCAUUUUUUUUAUUACUCUUGUGAGAAUUGUUCAAUAUAGCAUUGUGUGACUGGUGGAGGAGUGAGCGGAUUUAAUUGUGCCAAUUCUUAGAGAAAUGGGGUGAAAUCAGAAACCUACAACGCUGUGGAUGAAACCAGAGCUGGUGUCAAUAGAAGGAUGGUCAAGAGCCGCAGCAACGAUACACAGGCAACGUUGAACAGAUUCGGCAGACUGUUAUUGAACUGGACUUAGUCAUGGAUCUAUCCAUGUUGUCUUUCCAACAGACAAUGGUUGGAAAGAUAGAAGAAGAUGAACCCACUCUUCUUCUAUGGUUCCAAAAGGGUUCUUUAGCUGUCCCCCCCUCCACCCUUUUUGGUUCCAGGUAAAACCCUUUUUGCUUCUAGGUAGAACCCUUUUGGGUUCCAUGUAGAACCCUUUUGGGUUCCAUGUAGAACCCAAAAGGGUUCUACCCGGAACCAAAAGGGUUCUACCUGCAACCAAAAAGGGGGUUUCAAAGGAUUAUCCUAUGGGGACAGCCGAAGAACCCUUUAAGGUUCCAGAUAGCAGGUUUAUUUCUAAGAGCGUACAUAGGUGUGUGCUUAAAUUAAGACAAAACUGCACCAAGAUGUUCUUUGAGUGUCCUCCUCGUUUCUGGAAUAUUUUGCCUGUACAUGUUUACCAUUACAGAGUAUUUAUUUUUUAUUUAUAUGUUUUGUCAUUUAUUUUGCAUUGUUUGUCACUGCUUAAAUUCAACUUAAAAAAUAUACAUUCUAUACAUAUGUGUUAAAAUGUAACAUGAAUUACUGAGAAGGAAGUCAAGACAACAGAGGGAAUAUAGAAAAUACUCUUGAUCAUUUCUCGCAAUUGUGAAACAUACACUAGUAAUGAAAAUCAGACUUGAAAGAUGAGACAGAAAGGCAGCAGAGAGACAAUCCUUGUCAACGUUUCCAUUUCAUCCAUGACCUAAAUAAUUAUUGUUUUUUUAAAAAGUUGUAUUUUUAGACCAGUUUAUUGAUUUAUAUUGAAUUAAUUAAAUCCAGUGAUUGCCAAACUGAGGACUUUUGAGGUCCACAGCCAAACUAUUUGGUUGUGUAUGAAAAUGUAAUACAAAGUUGAACUAUCCUAUUGUUUAGAUAGUAUCUAUGUUUCAAAGUUCAACAAUCCUAAUCUUUUGAUAGUAUCCAUGCCUUUAUCUGCCUUGUCUGUCUUCCUGUUUAUCUGCUCAUCUAUCUUUAUCUAUCCAUUCAUGCAUCCAUCCUGGUCUUCAGUUCAUUAGUUCUUCCUGAUUCAUUUAUUUCCUCAAGCUGUUUUCAGCUAUACCAUGUUUCUGUAUACCAGGGCUCUCCAACCCUGUUCCUAGAGAGAUACGCUCCUGUGGGUUUUCGCUCCAACCCCAGUUGUAACUAACCUGAUUCAGCUUAUCAACCAGCUAAUUAUUGGAAUCAGGUGCGCUAGAUUCGGGUUGUAGCGAAAACCUACCGGAUGGUAGCUCUCUAGGAACAGGGUUGGAGAGCCCAGCUGUAUACCAUGUUAUACAGUGCUCAGGAUAACAGAAAGGGGCAAUCCUUUGUAGCAGACUUAAAAUGAUGCCCUUUUACUCUUAUCUUCUGACGUGACGCCUUAUCCCUUCUUUAGCCCUACAGUGUCUGCUCUGUACUCCUAUCUGCCUCUAUAGGUUUGAAUCUCUUUUACUACAAUACUAUGCAUUGUUCUUUUAGAAAUAUUGAUUUAAUCUGUGAAAACGAUAACAAAGCUUUAUCAUUGAGUACACUGUGAAUCCCACUCUUCCUGCAUAUUGGUUAUAGUUCUCAGCCUUGGUCCUUAAGGUUAGACCCAUCCUUGUAUUUAAUACGGAGGUUUGUUAAGUUGCCCAUGAGUUUGUGUCUAUCUGACUAUGCCUUGGUUCCUUUUCACAAAUUGUACAUUUACUGAUCAUUAUUGCAAAUUAUGAUCUAUUAAGGUGCUGUUAUGUAUGACAUGUGGACAUAGAUUAUAUUAACGAUCUCUUGGUGUUCGCACACACUUGUCUGAUUAUUUGACCCCUAUACUGUAGAUGGUUGUUUAAUUUGAUUUAGGUGCAGAAAGACCUAGUUCGUCCCCAACCUCAAGACAUACCAAAGGGUUCAGUUUGAUGAGGGUGCUCUGUGAUUGGCUAGACAAAACCUAGCUCAUGGGUGGGUGUUGCUGCUGUAAGAAACACCAGAACAACAAUAUGUGUAUUUAAAACUUGAACUUUUGUACUUGGGAUUAUGGCUUUCAUAUAAGUGCUCUAUAGGAUAAAGAGGUUCAACCUGAAUCAGUUUAUGCCAUAAGUGUUUUGCUAUAAAACCAUAAUUUCCCUCAACACAUUUUGGUCGAAAAACUGCCAGUAGCCCUUUUUCCAAAUUUAUAAACACAUUUAGGUAAGAAAUGCAAGAAAUCUGAAAUCUUAAAACCAAGAAUGCCUUUGGUUAAGCUGUGUAUAGUUUGGUCUUCCAAAGCAAUGUAACAUCCAUUCAUAUUAAUUUUGCAGUUAAAUAGUUUGUUCUCUAAAUACGUAAUUGAUUCUGGGAUUUUCUUCCCUGCCAACUUCGUAAUGAUGUGUUGAUCUAUAUUUUUUCUACAUUUCUGUUUGUUCAUGGUGUACACACAUUUGUGUGUACGUGCAUCUGAGUGAGUUCUUGACUGUGGAUCUCUGUAAAUGGUUCAUCAGUGCUUCUUCCAGUCAUCUUACCUUUACCAGGUAUUUCCGAAACAAUGACCUCCAGCUGCGCUUAGUCUUGCUCUGUAUUAUUCAAUCACUCACCAGACCUCACUAAAGGUGUGCUGUGUGUCAACAAGCCAUACUCCACUGUGACCUCCACAAUGAGUUUCUCUUCCUGCAGUUCUUUUAAGUUAAUCUGAAUUACAUCUUUCUAAUGGGAUCUAUUGUGAAUGAGCCUUGUCAAAGAGAUGCAGGGCUUACGCAAAGCAGGCAUCAUCACAAUUUAGAAGCUCCCCUGAGGUAAAAUGAUUAGUCAUACAUUAGAUAAAGGAAAGAAAAGCUGUAUAGACGUCACUUUAAUCUCUGAUUGCUUCUUGAACAUUUUCCCUGUUGUUCACGCAACGCAAAGGACUUAAUACCGAAUUUGUCAUGUGAUGAGUAAAGACUGUUCCAUUUGUAGUUUGCACAUGAAAAGAAGCAAACAAUUUAAACAAAGAUCUGUUGUAUGAUUUCCUUGGAACUUGUUGUAAAUCUGUGAAUUGAUGAUUUGUGUGAUUUUACAUCUAUUCAUGUGUGUAUUGAAGGCUUGUUUUCUACUGUUCUCUUAUUUCCUGUUCCAAAUAUUGACAUCAAGGAUGAUGCUGAUAACCGUCUGAUGGACAGAUGACAAAUUAGAGACAUCCUCCUUUAUUAAUGAGGAGGGUAAGAACUGUCCAUAAGAUGUGGGGAAACUAUCAGAACUGUUCUGUAGUGUUCUCACCCUGUUGCUCUGCUUCCUUGGGAGAUCAAAAGGUCAGUUCCGACAGACUCUGAUGACUCUGCUGUAACACUCUCACUUUGUCCAACCUGUUGAACAAUUGAUUAUCAUGAACAGAUAAUACUAUUUUCAUAUUGUAGUAAUGGGUCCCCUUCCCUGUGUGUACAGUUUUAUCUUCCUGGAACUUUGAUCAGUGAUCUUUGUAUGGAGUGCAAUGUGAUUAAUAUGAUGCUGCUUUGUUAGGCAGGCGUGAUCAGAGCAUCACAUUCAGCUGAUGGAAAGUGGGGAAUUUUACUAAGAACGACUGAUACGAUCUGGACAUGCAUGUUCUCAACCCUGCUUAUAUUUCCUCUGAUCAAUCCAGACUGCAGUGUACCUGCUCAAUGCCACGGUGCAUGAGAAAGGAUGUAGCAUGAGGUAGCCUAGCGGUUAAAAGCAUUGGGCCAGUAACCGAAAGGUCGCUAGAUGAAAAAACAAGAUGAAAAAUCUAUGUGUGUGCCCUUGAGCAAGGCACUUAACUCUAAUUUCUCCUGUAAUUUGCUCUACAUAAGAGCAUCCACUAAAUGACUAAAAUGUAAAUGUGUUGAUCUAUAUCAGUAUUACCGUUUGCACACACAUACAAACUGUAUGGUUUUCAUCCUGUUCGUAAUUGAUGGCUCAGGGGGAGAAUCUUUAUGUUUGAGAACAUUCGUCUGUCCUACAACUUACUGUGAUAAAGAAACUGUGAUAUUGCUGUUCAGCGACAAUAAUAAUCAGUGAUGUUAAUACCAACAAUAUUAAUGGUUGAUUACAGGAUUACAAUGCUGAAUGUUAUGAGAACCAUCUACCCAUUGUAUAUAAAGGACAAGUAAAAGGGAGAGGAUAAUGAUUCUGCAGCCAUGAUUGCACUCCAAAACAUGUGCAGGACAAAAACAGAUAGCUGGAAUAUAAAAUCAUCCACUGUGUAUCAUUUCUGGAAAAUAUGAAAAACCAGAACCGUUUAUUGGAAUACAUUUUUUUUUUUACAUCAAACCAUGUGAAUCUGUUGUAACAAUACUUUCUAGUAUGACUUUUUUUUUACGUAUGAAUGGCACACACAUGAAAAAUCCAUAUCUAUACUGAACAAAAAUAUAAACGCAACAUGCAACAAUUUCAACUAUUUUACUGAGUUACAGUUCAUAUAAGGCAAUCAGUCAAUUUAAAUUAAUUAAUUAGGCCCUAAUCUAUGGAUUUCACAUGACUAGGCAGGGGCGCAGCCAUGGGUGGGCCUGGGAGGGCAUAGGACCACCCACUUGGGAGCCAAGCCCAGCCAAUCAGAAUGAGUUUUUCCUCACAAAAGAGAUUUAUUACAGACAGAAAUACUCCUCAGUUUCAUCAGCUAUCCGGGUGGCUGGUCUCAGACGAUCCCGCAGGUAAAGAAGCCAGAUGUGGAGGUCCUGGGCUGGCGUGGUUAUAAGUUGUCUGUGGUUGUGAGGCCGGUUGGACGUACUGCCAAAUUCUUUAAAACAAUAUUGGAGGCGGCUUUUGGUAGAGAAAGGAACAUUCAUCCUCUGGCAACAGCUCAGGUGGACAUUCCUGCAGUCAGCAUGCCAAUUGCACGCUCCUUCAAAACUUGAGACAUCUGUGGCAUUGUGUUGUGUGACAAAACUGCACAUUUAAGAGUGGCCUUUUAUUGUCCCCAGCACAAGGUGCAGCUGUGUAAUCAUGAUGCUGUUUAAUCAACUUCUUGAUAUGCUACACCUGCCAGGUGGAUGGAUUAUCUUGGAAAAGGAGAAAUGCUCAAUAAUGUAAUCAAAUUUGUGAACAACAUUUUUGAGAAAUAAGCUUUUUGUGCAGAUGGAAAAUUUCUGGGAUCUUUUAUUUCAGCUCAUGAAACAUGGGACCAAAACUUUACAUGUUGCAUUUAUAUUUUUGUUCAGUAUAUAUACACUGAGCGUACAAAACAUUAGUAAUUAGUUUAUGUCACCUGUUAAAUCCACUUCAAUCAGUGUAGAUGACAGGGAGGAGACAGGUUAAAGAAGGAUGUCUUAAGCCUUGAGACAAUUGAUACAUGGAUUGUGUAUGUGUGCCAUUCAGAGGGUGAAUGAGCAAGACAAAAUAUGUAAGUGCCUUUGAACGAGGUAUGGUAGUAGGUGCCAGGCGCACCAGUUUGUGUCAAGAACUGCAAUGCUUCUUUUUCACGCUCAACAGUUUCCCAUGUGUAUCAUGAAUGGUCCACCACCAAGGACAUCCAGCCAACUUGGCACAACUGUGGGAAGCAUUGGAGUCAACAUGAGCCAGCAUCCCUGUGGAACGCUUUUGACACAUGGUACUUCAUGCCCCGGUGAAUUAAGGCUGUUCUUAGGGCAAAAGGGGUGCAACUCAAUAUUAGGAAGGUGUUCCUAAUAUUUUGUACACUCAGUGUAUAUAUUGUGGACUUUGUUGACUGGAAAUGUGCACAUGUGAAGGUGAAAUCAACACAAAAAAAUACUUUAUUAAUAUAACGGCACAUUAGUGAGUGAUACUCUGAAGAAGCACAGAGGCUGCUGCUAUCUCCCCAGUGACUGUUGGACAUUCAAGCCAUGAGUGCCAGUUUGGAAAUUAUCGAACAGUUACAUUAUACAGUCAGUGGGACUGUCAGAUUGCCAUUGAUGAUUCAGAUUUUCGCUGAACCCGGAUACACCCUGUUCACCAUUACAUAAGUGUUGGUUGGGAGGCAGGGUGGUGUGAUUAGGUACCCUGGGGGCAGAUCAAUCAGCAGCCCCACUCUGGGGCUCACAUCCACUGCAUGUGAUCUGUGUGACAACAGCAACUCCAGCCAACAAUAGUAGACAGGUACAGGCAUAGUGAAACUGGGAAACACUUGAUGUUGCCUUGCCAAGGACCUCAGUCCUUGGUCAAUGUUUGGUUCCAUCGUUGCAUACAAACUGAUGAUGUCAGGGAAGUGAGGGAAUGGGCCAUGGCAGGUUUCAGUGAGCAAAAGGGACAGGGCAAGAGGAGGGAGAGCCAUAGACCGGCAAAGGAAUCAAGGGGUAGAGAAAUUAUACUGAUACGGGUGUCCCUCAAUGCAGUUAACACGAAAGUGCUAAAACUAAAAUGGCCUUAGAGGAAGGGAGUUUUAUUCAGGUUUGUACAAUGUGUGUUUUCCGUGUGUGUUAAAACUAAAGAGAGAUAGUGGUGAAGCUUGAGGCAGUAGGCUAUAUGUUCACAAUCCAUAUCAUGAGAAAAGAAGUGUCAAUUUUGAAGUAAUAUUUGACAUUCAAACUCAACUUAGCCUAUGACCUUAUAGCUGCAGACAUGUUGUCCUCUAUAGGCUGUUGUCCUCUAAAAAGUAUGAUAUAUUAUUAUGAAGCUGCCCUUAUUAUGUCUAUAUCCAUCAAUCAAACAUAUAGUCAAAUACAAUUCUGCAAUCAGAACAAUGCAAAUCUGAAUGUAUAUGUUAAACAACUAUGCUGAACGAAACUAGGUUGUCUGUGAAUUGUAAAUACCAUGAUUUUUACAAUAAGCCUACUGCUUGGAGGAAUUUGACUGUUUGUGUUUGUGGUGGGUGGGUGGCCUCAUAUUUCAAACCCUCGUGACAGAUGUCGUAGACCUAUGGGUGUGGUUUACCUUCUACCUUGUUGCCAUCCAUCCAUAACGUACGUGCAAAUGCUGACUUGUGGUGAAUUCACCUGCGGAGCCUCUUCUGCAUUCUUCAAGCUCUAUGAAUGAUACCUAUUGAACACAAUGCUAACCAAAGCUAAGAAUUCAUAUAAUUAUUUUGAUUCAACUCAAUGGGACGGUAGGAAAGAAUAUGGGCAAUUUUGUUUUUCCUUUUCCUACCAAUGGAUAAAUGAGGCGUCAUGUUGACUAGCCUGUGAACAAUUUAUGCAGCUUGCUCGAUUAUUGUACUUUGCUGGUGUUAAUUUUCUAAUUCAAUGUUUAAUAUUAGUUUAUUAUGUAUUCGACUUCUUAGAAGACGCCUACUGUAAACCUAGUCUACAGCCAUCACUGAAGGAGCGGAAAAGCAUAAGAGGAUCGAAUAGUCAAAAUGAUGGAUCUUCUAUAACAUUUUCUUUCCUCUACUGACGCUCACGUCUUCUCCACGCCUGAGCCUACAGUACAUUUUGUAAGUUACUCCUGACCUUAGUCUUGUUAUAAAAUGAACAACAGUAUGCUAAUGGAAUCGGUUGUAAUGGAAUCCUUAUUUUAGCUAAUAAUGUAGGUCUACAUUUUGUCUUUAGGAUAUUAUUCCAAAUGUAUUCAUUAUAACCUCUAAGUUGUAUGUGAUUGUUGAUCUUUUGGGGGGGUUCAUGAUGGCAAACAUACAUUCACAAUAGCAAAAUGUAGACACUAACUAUGUGGGUUAAUAACCUUGAAAUGAGUAUUACAUGGAAGUUGUUAUAUCUCUGGUAACUGGAUGUUUGUUAGUUUAUUUUCACCAACUUUGAGAGGAAUAGGAAACAUGGUAUACCUUCAGCUUUCCUUAUCAAUGUUGUGUUGAAAGGUACAUGAUGUAAAUAUCUUGGGCUGUGUGAUGCUCUGAGUCCUUGGCCAAGCACAGAUAACAAGCCUCUCUGGAGCAUCACCUAGGACACUGACCCUCAGAGACCUGCAGUUGCAUCUAGUUCUGGCUGGCUGUAUCCCGUUAUUGGUCUCACAUUAAUAAAACAAAGUACCUCAUUUUGAUAACUA